CCGAACACGCCGCAAUGGUGCUGCAAUUCUGUUUCUGUCCGCUGGACGGCGCAUGAGAGCCUCUUAAAAAACCGCCAGCGGCAGCGCUCGAGCACAGAGCGGCGACGCGGGCUCGGGACAUCAAAGCAAAACUGGUUACAAAGUAACAGUCGCGUCACGUCAUCAAAGUCGCUGCGGGAAACAUCAGAACACGGAGUGUGACAGCCGGCGGAAGUUUCCCGCGUGUCCACGCGCUACCUGAAGUGUAACCAAAGAAAACACAGGGAAAAGAGGAACUGACAAGAGCCCCGGUCAUCACGUCCAGUUCCUGCGUCUGCUAGUGUUGCAUUCGCUUGCUGCCAUGCAAAUAUAUGCCAUGUUCACUGUAUAGAAAGACUCCAGACACGGAUUUACUGCUCCUACAGAUCCUACAGGCUGUAAACAGUUGCUCCAUAACAGGAACAAGAGUUUGACAUCCUGUGUGUUUACAACGACAUGGGAAGAAGACCCUCAUCUGUCCAGUAAGAAUGUUUUCUUUGCACAGAGAGAGUUUGUAUGUGUCGUAGGGAACAGCCCAUCUUCAGCACACGAGCUCAUGUGUUCCAGAUCGAUCCCGCCACCAAACGCAACUGGAUCCCGGCCAGCAAGCAUGCGGUCACCGUCUCCUUCUUUUAUGACGCCAACAGACACGCCUACCGCAUCAUCAGCGUGGGAGGGACCAAGGCGAUCAUCAACAGCAUGAUCAGCCCCAACAUGACGUUCACGAAGACAUCUCAGAAGUUCGGUCAGUGGGCCGACAGCAGAGCCAACACGGUCUACGGGCUUGGGUUUGCCACGGAGCAGCAGCUGCACCAGUUUGCCGAGCGUUUUAAGGAGGUGAAAGAAGCUACACGUCUGGCCAGAGAGAAAUCACAGGACAAGAUGGAGCUGAGCUCUGCGGCUCUCAGUAUCGCAGCUCCUCAGGACUUGUCUGAUGAGCUGCAGUCUCCUCCAGUGAUGUGUGUGAACGGGCCGGAGGACAAGCUCUACAGGAGCCAGAGCGCUGAUAUUACUCUGUCCUCAGAGAAGGAGCGCAUUAAAAAGAUGCUCUCAGAGGGGUCGAUCUGUGAGAUUAAUCUGGAGGCAGAGCUCUUCAGCUUACAGGACAGUAACGCUAAACUAGUGGCGGCGCUGCAUGAGGCCAACGCCAACGUGGAGCAGUGGAAGAAACAGCUGGCGGCGUAUCAGGACGAGACAGAGAGAUUACGAGAUCAGGUGGCGGACCUGGAGGCUCAUGGUGGUCAUGGACCCAGCGACAUGCUCAAAGAUGAACUCACUCAAUCGCUGGAGGAGCUGGAGAACUUACUGAAGGCAAAGGAUGAGGAAAUCCGGAUUCUCCAGAGUAAGAAGUCGGACUUCCAUGAGCUGGAGCAGGAGAGAGAAGAGGCCAUACACAGACUACAGGAGUUAGAGAUGCGUAACGUUGAUUUGGAGCGGCGCGUGCAAAACGCGGAACAGAACCUGGCCUCAGCGCUGGAAGAUCGUGACCGCUCUGAGAACGAGGUGCAGAGGGUCGUUCAGAUCCUCGAUGUCAAGAUCUUUGACCUCAACGACCUUCGACAGAGUCUGGUCAAACUCAUCAGUAAAUAGUGCGAUCUGAGAGACGAGAGACACUCAUCCUGACGGCCGCAGCGAGAGGCGCCGCAUCCACUAGAGGGCGUAGUUCUGCUUCAGUAGUUUCUGCACUGAUACUCUCAGUAUCUUCUCACUCUUCUUGCUUUGUUUUCUGCCCUUUCUGUUCAAAGUCUAGCAAUAACUUCAGUGGAGAGGAUGUUAUGUUGGAAGAACAUGAGCAGCGAUGUUACGGUACAGGAGGGGAAGCUUUAUUUUUGAUACACUAGUGCUGCGUCACGUCUUUACAGUAUUAUUUAAACAUCAGGGCUGGAGGAAAAUUGAUUCACAAAUGCAUUGCAGUUCUCUCUGAAAUGAUUCUGGAUCUAUUCAUAAAACAAAUCAUAAUUUAAAGUAUUAAUAAUUCAGUUUAGUGCAGCACAGAAGUUAACUAAUUGUAUUUACACAAGAUUCUUUUUUGCUUUUUUACAUUACAUUAUUAUUUUUAAUUAUUAUUAUGAUAUAAUAAUUAAAAUUAUAUUUUUAAAUGAUAUUAAUAAUAAUAAUAAUAAUAAUAAUAAUAAUAAUGUGCAAUUUAAAUGUUUGUACAACUCAGUUUUAUUUGUGUUGUUGAUUAUUAAACACAUUUAAUUAAUUAAUUAAUUUAUUUAUUUAUUUAUUAUUAAUUGGUUUUCAGCCAAGUGCAUCCUGAAUUUUUGGUUUUGAAUUUUCAUUUUGGUGCAUCGCUAUUAAAAAUGAUUAUAUUUUAAUAAUAAUUUAUCUUUAAAAUUGUCAUGCAUUUCUGUAACAUUCAACUUAAGUGUACGAGUCAAAUACGUUUUUAUGAACUCUUUAAAACAUUAAGCUAAAAAAGAAUCAUUUUUGAACUGAAUCGUGACUCUGUGAAUCGAAAUCUAAGUCUGCUAUGGAUUAUUACAUGAGAUUUGGUUUAGAACCAAAACUAAUUUGUAGCAAAGACCUUUGUGGCUCAAACGCCAAACUUUUGGGAGAUACAUGCAAAAUACGAAAAGGUCAUUAGUUUUUCUGAAUGACUCUGUUUUCUCUUUAUGUGGAUGUGCUCUGCGGUGUCACAGCUGGAGUGUGUAAACCAAAGACCAGCUCGAAUGUGGCGUUCAGACGCCUCUCUGUGUUUCAUACUGUGGAAUGCUUAGUAUAGAGGACAGCAUUGAUAUAAAGCAUUAAAUAGUAGCUGCAAAUAUACUAGGUAGAAAUAAACAAUUGUUCUGUUAUUAUAGAAUAUUAAGAUCUCUUGAACUCACAAGGGAAUUUAUAUUUAAGAAUAGCUGUAGUUCUUCACUGAGGAAUGGAUGUUGAAUGUGCUUGAAUGCAUCUAGUGUAGUUGCUGUGUGCAGCUCUAAGGCUUUGUUAAUGGUUGUAUUGGAUGUUGCAUUCUACGGUAUAUUUGUGAUAGCACAAGAAAGUCACUCAUGUGGCUUCAAACUGCAGUAUUUUAAGUGCCAACAGCCUGUUUUUACCUGUUACCUAAAAAACCCACAGGGUUCGGCACGAACAGCCACGUUUGUGUUUGUUUGCUUUCCGGCGCAGUUGAUUUAGGGUCUAAUAAACAGGUGUUUACUUUUAUAUUUCUUCUUCAUGCGGUACUUGAGUAUGUGUACUGCUUUGUAUUUUGGACAAUGAAAGCAUGUGUGAUAUAUGAUUUGGAGUUUUAAAAAGUGGCAAGAACUCUUUUCAAGGACAGAAUCUCAUAAGGUGCCAUGCAUCAUUUCUGCUUGUAAUCUCUGAUGCGAGAGCCUUAUUUUUCCACUCAUGCAUCUUAGUGUGCAGGGGUUCAUGUGUUCUGCAGCUCUUGAUAGCCUGAUUAUACUAUGACAGUAGAUUUCCUUCUACACUGUUAAGAGUCAUACUGUGCCGACCAGCUGGAAAACUCCAGAGCCAAGUCUCAGUUACAAUGUAUGAUCUCUGAAUUUAACGAAAACUUGCUGAAUAAAUUUGUUUUACAUUGAA